CAAAACCGGACUGUAACGUCUUUACAAGUAAUUGUUCCGGGGUCACGUGAAGUUAUAUAUCAACUUCCGGCGAGUCGUCUCGCGUCUAUUUCCGUCUCGAGUCCAAACAAGUCCAGACAUGCCCCUUGCAAAGGAUCUGUUGCAUCCCUCCUCUGAGGAGGAGAAGAGGAGACACAAAAAGAAACGUCUAGUCCAGAGCCCAAAUUCCUAUUUUAUGGACGUCAAAUGCCCAGGUUGCUACAAGAUCACCACUGUGUUCAGUCACGCUCAGACUGUGGUAUUGUGUGUCGGCUGCUCAACGGUCCUCUGUCAGCCUACGGGCGGCAAAGCUCGCCUUACAGAAGGAUGUUCGUUCAGAAGGAAACAACACUAACUUGGAUCGGAGCGACAGAGUUGAAAAUGACCCAACGUUUUUCAUUCUGUGCCUUUGCUGUGGCGUCGAGCAAGGAGCCCAGGAAAGCAAGAGCGUGUGAUAAAAGUUAAACGGAGAUGUUUAGCCUUUUCUGCUACACCCUUGCCUUUUAAUCAUUUUUUUCCUACUAAAGCCAAUGCUUUUAACCUUUAUUAUUGCCAAAGUGCUUUGUGUGUACUUGCUAAAAUGAAUUCAAAUGAGCAAAACUAUUUACAUGAAAGAUUGAGGGGAUGAGUGCAACAAUUAAGUCUGUGAUUCUCAACUGUUAUUCCGGGACCAAUGACUGCGUCACAGAUGGCUCGUUAUAGAAUUACAUGCAUUUCGAUUCAGAGUUUUCACAUACAGUACAGACGUGUGCCAAGUUACCAGAUGGUACAUAGUGGGAAAGUGAGAAGUGUUACUUCCUUGUUGUCUAGCCACAAGUUUUGUCUGUAAACAUGUACUUUGCAGCUCCGUCUUUGGCUGGUAGACAUCAUGGCUUGGCAUGGUGAUGCCUUUGGUGUUAUUUCAAACUCAAGCAUUUAAAAAAGUAUAAUAUAGGCUACUCAACUUAUUCUCUGGGGGGGGGGGGUGGUAGGGGUUAAUUAUUGUAUGUAUAUUUUUUUUUUUUACAAAUGAAAAUGUAAUUGACUUUUCAACAUUGGGAAAAUGUUGGACAACAGUUGAGAAAAGCUGCUAUAAAUAACCAAUUCAAACCAUGUUGAGCAAGGGAGACACACUGUGGAUUAACUUGGAAAUGACAAAUCCUUGGUCCAAUAUUGGUGUGUGUGUCGAAACAACACUGCAUGAUUCAUUAAAGUGUUAAUACCUGUCAAAUAAUGCAACAGUUAAGUCAUUACUUGGCUUAGAUGCAGCCUCUUUUCUGUUUAGUUCUGUGGAGGACUUGCUUUGAGAUUUGAUAUAUUAAAGACAUUUUCAUACAUGGUUUUUAUGACACUUUUUUCAUAUGCUUUUGGCGAAUAGUUAUAAAGUUGCACAAUAUCAUUUGCUGGAAUGUGAUUUUUAAAGCGGGAACAUUGUUGGCUUACUUGGGUUUGGCCAUUUUUGGUCAUGUAUCUCAAAUUGUAUGCUCAACAAUUAUUCUCUCGCGAGGUCUUCCAUGUUCCUGUGGUUUUAUCUUGCUGUCCUGUUCCUUGACCAAACGAAAUAAAUAAAGGUGACGAUGGAACUGA